AUGGCAGGCAGGAAGCAAAGAAUCUGUCCUGCUGUUUGCAUUCCAUCAUUGUCAGGGUUCAUGCUUAUUUUACAUCUUCCAGGUGGCGUGCAGGACAAAGGCGGAGCGACGUUGUCGCUCUCUCAGGGAAAGAACCAGGUGAAGACUGCAGCGAAGACGGGAGCGGCCCCCAAGUGGCUACAGGACUUCAAGAUCCCGCUGGACUACUCGCCUGGUGCUUCGCUGCCACAUCCAGGCGACGUCAUUCUCCAGAUCGCAGUUGCUUCACCUGACACAGGAGACGAGGUGCUGGCCACGUGUGAUGUUGACGUGACAGGACAGCUGCAGGGCGGCACAGUGGUGCGGUGGUAUCAAAUCAAGGAUAAGGCCGGCGCUGCGGUCGGUGAAGUUUGUCUUGUUCUGCGGAUUGCGAAGCCUGCUGCCUUGCGUCCAGGUGGUACCAACCCGAGCCAACCCUCAAGCGAGCAGGCCACCACAAGCAGCGCUGUCGCCAGUCAGGGCGCUGAAUAG